AUGUCGACAUUCGCAGGCUCGAGGCUGCUUUCCAGCACCCUAACACCUUUCCUGUACCCAUGCCUCGAUAGCACAUCGGCUUCCAGCCGCCAGGCAGCGCGCCGCAUCCGCCUACGAGGAGGUACUCCAUCAUGCACGAGAUGGCAGUCGACAGCGACGACUACGCAAGAAGAUGAGCGGCCAGCAGUCGACGUCAGCCAAUACGACCAUCUGAACCCCCAGCCAGUCGACGUCAGCCAAUACGACCAUCUGAACCCCCAGCCAGUCGACUACACCACGAAUCCAUUCACCGACUCGUGCACCCUGACACUACAAGCGGGAUCUGGUGGCCACGGAUGUAUAUCAUUCCUGCGGGAGAAAUACAUCGAGAAUGGUCCGCCCAAUGGCGGCGAUGGAGGAACAGGAGGAAACAUAUACAUCCAAGCCGUGAGAGGCGAGACUAGUCUGCACAAGCUUGCCAGACGAGGUAUCUUGAAGGCCGAGAGGGGCAGAAACGGGGAGGGAGGUGGCAGAGGCGGGAGGCGAGGUGAGGAUGUUCUCAUCCAAGUGCCUGUUGGGACAAUUGUAAGGGAGGUUAGCAGGUACGAUCCUUUGGAGGAGGAAACGCUGGAUAUGCGUAAGAAUAAAGGCUACGGACGGGAUCUGAAGGAUGACGACCCUGAUGCUGGACCUGAUCAAAGCCGCAAGUGGAGGCGCGACAAAUGGCUACUUUAUCCAGGCGCAUUGCCACGAAACUUCUCAGCGGCAGACUUCCCUGCUCUGCCGCGACCGCGAAGGUCCAAUCUGACCGCACUUCAGCCUGAAGCACCUCUUCGUCUGGACCUGGACAAGCCUAUGAGCACGCCUAUGCUGCUCGCAGCCGGUGCGAUGGGCGGACUAGGUAACCCACAUUUCGUCACGAAGUCUAUAUGGCGGCCAAAGUACGCUACGAAAGGAGACGAGGGACUGCAACUCCAACUCCAGCUUGAGCUCAAGCUCCUUGCAGACGUUGGCCUGGUCGGCUUGCCCAACGCCGGCAAAAGUACGCUUCUUCGCGCUCUCACCAAUUCAAGAACUCGAAUAGGCGAUUGGGCUUUCACCACACUCUCACCCAAUAUUGGCACUGUCGUGCUCGACACGUUCGCCGGCCGUCCUACACUUAGUAGCGCUUCUGGUGAGCGAAGGACGAACUUCACAAUCGCCGAUAUUCCCGGUCUCAUCGAAGACGCACACCUGGACCGUGGCCUGGGUCUCGGCUUCCUUCGACACAUUGAGCGCGCAGCUGUCCUUGCCUUCGUCGUCGACCUGUCCGCAGGCGAUGCCGUGCAAGCUCUCAAAGCGCUCUGGACGGAAGUCGGCGAGUACGAGAAGCUCCGGGAAGCUGAACAGAACUCCGAAAGCGAACGAACCGCGGACUCGGAAGAAGGCAUGAUGGCGUAUCGACCCAACGCGCCUUUCAAGUCUUCUAUUUACCCCGGCGCUGAGCCUGAACCCGUGUCCACUCAUGAAGAGAACCAGCAGCGGCUCCAAGAUACUGUGCUGGAUGCACAGGCUGGACGCACUCUGCCUGCGCUGAGCCUGCCGGCUAUCUCGACGAAACCGUGGUUCGUUGUUGCUACGAAGGCGGAUCUGCCGGAGACGCAGCAGAACUUCGAGCAGUUGAGGGUCUAUCUGGAAAAGGUGCAGAAGGGUGAGGAGGAGCAUCCGAGCGGGAAGAGGAAUGCGUGGCGGAAGCGGUUACAUGCCGUGCCCGUAUCUGCGAUGCGGAAGGAGGGGGUGGAGAGUAUACCUGGGCUUGUCGUGGGACUGUUGGAUAGCUGA